AUGAACAUAAAUUGAGCGUAUGCACGAGCUCCUGUACUGCGCUCUCGUUUCGCGUGCGGUUCCUGUAUCGCAGGUUGCGCGAGGAGCUAUGGCGUCUUCCAUAGAGAGUGUGCGUCCAGCUCUGCGGAUUGUCUUGCUCGGCCGGACAGGCUCAGGGAAAAGCUCAACAGGGAACACCAUCCUGGGAAUUCCGGCCUUCCAGACAGACGUCUCACCUGUUUCCAUCACCCAACAGUGUGAACGAGCCUAUGGCAUCGUGGAGGGGCAUGGCCUGCAGGUAAUUGACACCCCAGGCUUCUUCGACACCUGUCUGUCCCCUGAGGAGGUGUGUGCGGAGGUGGGACGCUGCGUGAUUCUCUCUGCCCCCGGGCCUCAUGCGUUCCUGUUAGUCCUCCAGCCGGGGAGGCUGACAACAGAGCAGCACACCGCCCUCGACUGGCUCAGCUCCCUCUUCGGGUCCCAUGCCCUCAAAUAUACCCUCCUCCUCCUCACCUGGGCCGACCAGCUGCACGGCAAAUCCGCCGAGACCUACUUGCGCGAGAGCAAGGAACUCUGGGAGUUUGCAUGCAGGUGUGAGGGUGGGUUUCAUGCAGUGGACAACACGAGGAGCGGCGAGGAGUGCACCGUCCAGGUGCAGAUGCUGCUGGAGAAGAUCAGCGUCAUGGUGGACCGCAAUGGUGGGGGCUGCUACACCUGUGAGAUGCUUCAGCAUGCUGAAACAGCCAUCUGCCAGGUGCAGCAGAGGAUUCUGGGAGAGAAGAAGCAAGGGCUGGAGAAGGGAGAGGGGGAGGGGCCACGGGUGGGGCUUGAUGAGGAGAAGACGAGAGAAGAGGAGGAGGCAAGGAAGAAGGCAGAGUGGGAGUUCUGGUGUGAGCUGCUGGCCACCAUGGGCAAGGGAGCCCUAGAGAGCUCUGGGGUGCUGGACAAAGGCAAAGGCAAAGGGAAGAAAAUUAAAGCCGUGCAGAGGGCGGCGGCCUUAGCUUCCACUCCGCUGUCAAUCACAUCUGCUGCUAAAGUAGUGGGUGGGGCUGUGAGGGAAGGGAGCAAAGUGCUUUACAAACACAAAUUACUUCUAAAGUGAGGGGACACACGCAGAAAUAAAGCAUAAGCAAUGUGAACACCCAUCUCUUUUUCAGCUUUUCCAUCAAACAUAUCCACACAGAUACAUUAAUGUUUUUGCUGUGAUUCUCAAGAUUUUUCCUUUAUAAGGCAGAAACGUGGGUAUGUGGUGACGCUGGGGCUCCGCCCUUUGGCCGCAUGCAUCACAGGUUUGUUGGUUCCAGACUGGCACAAUUAUGCUGCCAGAACACCAGUUUUGCCAGCUGAGCUUUUUUUUUAGGUGGAAAUUUUGGAGAUUUUUUCAUCAAGCACCAUGCCAGCAGAAAAGAGCUAAGAGUGAACUAGUCUGUGUAACGUACUGACCAGUGGAAUAUAGUGAGCUGUUCUGGGUUAUGGACUGUAAUGGUCACUGCUGUUGCGCCAGUGAGCAGCAAAGGAUCAGGCACUGGAUGAAUGAAUUAUAGCUUCUUUUAACAAUUUUGAACUUUUUUCCCCACAUAAUUCAGUUCAAUUCACCUCCAUUGAAACAUCUGCUAAUGCCCCUUCAUCAUACUUAAGGGUGAAUCUGAUGUGAAUAAAAUGUCUCUACAAAUCA